AUGGCAGAUACUCUGAGCAAACGGGCUCAUUACUCACCACCAUGGGCCGAUGUUAGCAUAAUUGGAAUUGCUGGAAGCUCGGGAUCGGGUAAAUCAACGCUAUCUCACGCCAUCGUCUCUAAAUUGAACCUUCCUUGGGUAGUCAUUCUGUCAAUGGACUCAUUCUACAAAACCCUGGAUGUAGAAGCAUCGAAGCGAGCAUUCAAUAAUGAAUACGAUUUCGAUUCCCCAGACGCCAUAGAUUUUGAUGUUCUCGUCGACAGGCUACGUGAUCUGAAAGCUGGAAGGAGAGCCGAAAUUCCAAUUUACUCGUUUGCCAAACACGCCAGAGAAAAGGAGACCACAUCUAUCUACUCCCCUCACGUGUUGAUUCUGGAAGGAAUCCUCGCUCUAUACGACCCCAGAGUUCUUCAUCUUUUAGACAUGAAGAUAUUUUGUGAAGCAGAUGCAGACACUUGUCUCUCAAGAAGAAUUCUCAGAGAUGUGGAGGAGCGUGGCAGAGAUAUUGAGGGCUGCAUUAAGCAGUGGUUUGCAUUUGUGAAGCCCAAUUUUGAAAGAUAUGUCGAGCCUCAGAGGAAGGUCGCGGAUAUCAUUGUACCAAGGGGUGUGGAGAACAGAGUCGCAAUUACGAUGGUGAUCCAAUACAUCGAGAGAAAAUUGAUAGAGAAAUCCAAGGCUCACCGAGCCGAGCUCAAGAAAUUGGGUCAAAGUUCCGAAGACGACCCUCUCUCUGAGACCGUCACCCUCCUGGAACAGACUUCCCAGCUUCGAGGAAUGAAUACGAUCAUCCAAGACACUGACACAUCGGCCGAAGACUUCAUCUUUUAUUUCGAUAGGUUGGCCACUUUAUUGGUUGAGCAUGCCAUGAAUAAUGUCUACUUCAAAGAAGCGACUGUCCUGACUCCGGUUGGGACCCAAUACCACGGCUUGGCCCCGAUUGGAGAGACUAGCGCAGUUGUCAUUCUUAGGGCAGGGUCGGUCUUCGAGACUGGACUAAAGCGAGUUCUACCAGACUGUCGAACCGGACGUCUACUAAUCCAAUCCAAUGUGCGAACUGGCGAACCGGAGCUACAUUAUCUCAAGCUCCCGGAGAAUAUCGAGACACACGAUAGCGUGUUGAUCCUCGACCCACAGAUGUCGAGUGGCGGUGCAGCUUUAAUGGCAGUCCAGGUUCUCCGCGACCAUGGUGUUGACGAAGAGAAGAUCGUUUUCGUCACCUACUUCGCCGGAAGAUUGGCUCUGAAUAGGCUAACAAAAGUGUUUCCCAGUGUCAAGGUCGUGGUGUGCACGAUUGUAGCUGAUUUUGAGGAGCGCUGGAUUGAAAAACGAUACUUUGGUUGUUGA